UAAUGUAAUUAAUAUCUAUAAAAGGGACCUGACGACCAAUGGUUGGUACAGUUUCUUCUCUGAAGUAAGCAGUAAGACAGAAAUUAACGAUGGAAUUUACUUCUAAACUUUUCAUCUUCAUAUUUGUAGCAAAUGUCUUUGCUGUGUCAUGCUUUGCAAGUGUUAUACCUGAGGAAGGGCAUGUUCCCUAUGGAACAGGCAAGUUAACCGUUGCAGAAUAUGCACUACUGGAAGACUCUGUUAAACAAAUUGUCGGUCCACACGCCCCGGUAUCUUCUGAAAUAUUAGCCUUCGCCGAAACCCAACCAGGUAACCCACGAGACUUGUACGAGAUGAUGGCUUACAUGCCUUUUUACUUCAGCCAGGCUAAUCAAAUCGGAAUUACUCGAGUUCCAGGUGGUUACAACACAGGAAUAAACAACCCAGCAAAUAGAGAUAAGAUCAUUUAUCAGAGAGCCGCAAUAUGGCUAGCAAACAAUGGGUACAAUGUUAGAGGAAUUGGAAAUGGUAAUGGAAAUGGUAAUGGCAAUGGAAAUGGCAUUGGAAAUGGCAAUGGCUAUUAAAACUGGAACAGGAUAUGGAAACGUUACUUAACUUGACAUUUGUGUACAAUCUGACCAUGUGUAAAGACUAGCAAAAUUCAGAAAUAACUUGAAUGACUCAAAUCACCACAAGGAUUUAUUUACAUAUAUUUAAUUCUAUACAUUUACAACCCAUUUUAUUUUGCUUAUCAGUAAAAGGCAGUUUUAGUUGCUGUAUCUUUAGUUUUAUCUCAUAGAAAAAUUAAUAAAUUGUAAAAAAUAA